AUGAACGAAAAACUGAGGAUUAAUCCGUUACUUCUACGCAUUAGAACUUCGAUAGCAUCACUACGUUCAACAAAUUAUAACUUAUUACCGCUUUCCACCCUUUCUCCAAGUAGUAUAUCACCAUUGCCACCGACAACUUUUCGCCAUGGAAGAGGUUCAAGAACAAUAUUAUUCCUUCCUCACUUUGUGAGAAGGAAAUGGGGAUAUAUCAGUUUUAUAUUGUUGGUUUUAUUCAUAGUGAUAAUUCGUUUACAGUUGGUAAAGCGUCAUAUUCCAUUUGAAGAAACGCCAGCUGUUACCGGUCAUACAAAACAAUCACAUCAACAACAAACAAGUCCACCAACAUUUUCCACAUUCAUAGAUAAUUAUCCAAAACAAUUAGCAAUUUUAAUCAUUCCUUCAUCAACCACAUCAAUAGAUACAUUUAGUAAAAGUAUCAUAGAUACAUGGGGUAAAAUAGCCAAACAAAAUAAAUCAUUAAGCGUAGACUUAUGGUUUGCUACUUCUGAAGACACGUUAAGGAAAUUUGGUUGGCCAAAUAUACCAUACGAUGAUGGGAAGACUAAUAAUAAGUCUGGUAGAGAGGUGGAUGAUGACGAUGAUGUAAUAGAGGGGGUCAGAAUGAGUGGUAAUGAAAAGGAAACAGAAAUCGAGUUAAAAAAUUUGUUGAGAGAAAUGAUGCAAGAAACCAUGCAGUUUGAAGGACCAACCGAAUUAAGCGAUGAACAAAAGGAAUUUCAACAAUUAACAAAGGCGCUUCAUUAUUUAUACGAAAAUCAUUUAGAUCAUUAUAAUUAUGUAUUAAAAAUUACGGAUAAGUCAUUCGUUAGGUUACCAAAAUUACUUGAAUUCUUAUCAAUAUUAAAUCAUACUGAGAAUAUUUUCCCAAUCAUUAAGCAACCUAAAUUGAUAGGAAGACCAAAUUUAAAUAAUGAAACUACAAAAACUUUUUGUUCGAAAGGAUCAGGGUAUAUAAUAAACAAAUAUUUAUUAACGAUUAUUGGUCCACAUUUACCUUUUUGUUUGUCAACUAUAAAUAAAAUUGGUCUUAAAGAGAAUAAUGAUUUACGAGAGGAUUUAUCUAUAGAAAGAUGUUUUACGCGAUAUGUUCCCAUGUUUAAAGGGUGCGAAACAUUUGUUGAUAAUGGUUUGGGUAAAUUACCCGGACAUGAGUUCUUAUAUUUGAAUCCUAAUGAUGUAAUUAAUUGGGAGAAAUACAAAGAACCUUUAGAGGUGUUUAAUGACGAACAUAUGAAUCGGUGGAGAUUUGCUGAUGCUAUCGUUAUUGGUGAAGUUAAUGAUCCUUUGAAUAUGAUGGCUUUAGAAGAAUGGUAUGGUAAAGGUGGAAAAUUUGAUGAAAUGGUUGAAAAAAUGGGUGGUGUGAUACCGGAUCCGGAACCUAUACUUACACAAGAGGUGGAUCGUGUCGAGGAUAAUGAUGAACGUAAAGACGUGAAUAAAGGUGUGCAAAAUCAGGGAUCUGAAGAACAAUUGGAGAAUUUGGAUGAUUUAGAAGAAAUUUUAACAACAAUGACCGCAGAACAAACGGAGACGUUAUCAAAUGAAAAUGUUAAUUAUGAAACAAAAUCUGAGCAAUCCUCGAAAGAAUCACAUCCGAUACAUAAUAAUGAAAGUCUCACAACAUCAAUAGAAUCUUUUGAUGGAGGUGCAAAUGAAUUGAAUGAGAUUAAUCAUAAUGUUGAUAAUGGUCCUGAUGUUGGGAAUGGUGAAGCAUUACCUUUAAGCGAUGAAGAUUUAACAGAACCAUAA